AUGGCACGGGAACUGUUAAUCAGGGGUCGCACCCGAAACCUCCGCGAUGUGGAAUCCAAUAGCGAGAGAAAGUCUUUCUGGCGCGAUUGGACAUUGGUUCUUCUGUGGAGUGUUGUAGGAUAUGCUUGUCUCAUCUUCACGGUGCUGGCGUUCUUCAAUCCGCGUCUGGUCCAUUUCGACAUCUCAUCCUUGCUAUUUCGGAAGGAAAUUUCUCCCUUCUUUGCCUUCUCACAGGCAUCGGCCCAUUACCCCAAGCCACAGGGAUUCAAGAUAGUGGCUUUGGUGCCCUAUCACAAUCAUGAGCGAACUGCAAUCUUGGACUGCUACUUGCAGAACAACUUGGUCCAACACGAGGGAUUCCUUGAUCAGGUCGUCUUCGUGCCGCAGACCGAAGACCCCACCAGCAUUCAAUGGCUGUACUCGAUCAUUAACCAGACUCCCGAGUACACCGUCGCUCCACCAGGAGACGACGGUGAAUGGGAAGUCGCCGGCAAUGUAAUGUACAUCCGGAUCGAUGGCGAUACAGUCUUCCUGGAGGACAACGCCAUUCCCACCAUCGUCAAGACCAAACUCGACAAUCCAGACUCGCUGGUAGUCUCGGCCAAUGUCGUGAAUGAAGCAGCUCUCGCAUCUCUGCAUAGCCAUCCAGGUGUCGCUCUCCCAUAUCUCCCAGAGCUGCAUCGCGCAGGGCAGCCGUCGCGAUCGAAACCACAACCUGAUGACGAUUGGCGGCCAUCAAACCUGCCCCGCUGGCAAGGUCCUCCAAGCUUCAAAAUUAUACGAGGGUUCGAACCGCCAUUUGGAGGGCACCGCUGGCUGCUCUCCCAUGAUCCAAGCUCCAAUCGCGAUCCGAUUGCAGCCUCGGUAUACACCGACACUGGCCCCACAUUGGAUGACUGGACAGUGGGUGCCCAGCAGCAUUACUCGUUUUUGCACCACCUGGAAGACAAUGACCUGGGCCAUUACAAAUUCCCUCUCUGGGUCAAUCCCAGUGAGCCCAUCAGCCAGCAUUUUGGGUGCUUCUGGGGCAAUGAUGCAGCGGCUGUGCGCAACACUUUCAACGGCACUCGUUAUUCAUCUCAGCACCUGUCAGACGAAACCCGCCCGCAAGUCAUCAUUGAUGGCAAGGGCAUUGCGGUGCACUACUCGGCGGAGCAAGCUGCGGCGGGAUUGGAUGCCACCGACCUCAUCACUCGUUACCGCGCAUUUGCGCGGGAGAAGGUGUGUCUGCAAACCGAAUAG